AUGUCACCACGCCUAAUGACCUUUCUGGGCAUCUCAAUCCUAGGAAUAAGUAGCUACUGCGGCUUCCUCUACGCGUCCUACAGUCGCGAAGUCUCCAAAUCGCAAGCCCUGGAUAUCCCCACCGAUGUCUCAGACCGGUACAACACCACAGCCCCAACCUUCGAUGCAGAAGUCGAACUCUCAGAGAAAGCCAUGCGCAUGGGCUCCAAGCGCGCAGAUCUGAUCCGUCUCGCACGCGGCGACGUCCUCGAGGUAAGCUGCGGCACAGGACGUAACAUCGAAUACUACGAACUCGGAGAGCGUCGAGGCGUAGACGAGGAUGGCCGAGCCGCGAUCCGGGGCUGUCGCACACUUACAUUCGUGGACCUGAGUCCGCAGAUGGUUGCUAUUGCGGAAGAGAAGUUCGAGGCGUUACAUCCUGGAUAUAAAUCCAAGAGCCCGCCUGUUACGUUUCGGGCGCAGGAUGCUGCGUCGGUUACUGUUACUAGUGGGGCCUCGAGGGGAGAGAAUAAGAAGGCCUAUUAUGAUUCUAUUGUGCAGACUAUGGGGUUGUGCUCGAUGCCUGACCCUGUGCGUACGCUCAGGCAUUUGGGGGAGAUUACGGAGCCGAAGAAUGGUCGCAUUUUGUUGCUGGAGCAUGGGCGGUCGCACUAUGAUUGGCUGAAUCGGAUUCUGGAUAAUCUUGCUCCUGCACAUGCGGAUAGACAUGGUUGUUGGUGGAAUCGUGAUAUUGGGGCUAUUGUGAAGGAGAGUGGAUUGGAGAUUGUAGAGGAGAAGCGGUGGCACUUUGGAACGACGUGGCGGUAUGUGUUGCGCCCGAGAGGCAGUUCUGAGUAG